AUGAUCAUCGUAAAGGCACCAACGAAGAUUUUCGUUGCAUUCAAAUAUAAGUCACUCGUAACUCAAAAAACACAGAAACGAAAAGAUAUGUCUGUACCUAAGGUUAGUCGUAAGCGCUCGUUGAUUGAUCUAUUUCAACGUACAAAUUCGCCAGAACGACCUGUCACAUCACCAUCACCGCCUCCGACUAGUACGAUUGAUCAGUUACUGCACGAUGCAGGAUCAUUCGGUCUCUACCAAAAAGUUCAGUUUCUUCUUGUUGGUCUUCUUGCUGUUGUACCAGCUGCGACAGCAUUCAGUUAUGUAUUCAUUGCUGCAACACCGGACCACCGUUGUCAAAUAGAUUGGCCGAAUUUUACUGAUACUUUCGCUAGACAGUCUGAUUACCAUCAAUCAUACAUCAAUAAGUAUAUUCCAUCAUCUCCUAAAUAUAAAAAAUGUUUCAUUCGAGAUGUUAACUCAACCACUAAGAAAUUGAUUGCAUGUAAAAAAUGGGUCUUCGAUGAUACAUUCUACAACACGACGAUCUCGACGGAAUGGGAUCUUGUUUGUAAUCGUCUUCAUUUGAAAGCUAUCACCCAAAAUGCGUACAUUAUGGGCACAAGUGGAUCAUUUGUGACUGGGAUUAUGUCAGAUAAAUUAGGACGACGAACAACAAUGUAUUCGUUGAUAUUAUUGUUAGUUGUUGUUCUCAAUGCUACACAACUGGUCAUGCAUUCAAAAAUGUCCGUGAAUACGAAAUUGAUUAUAUUUACUAUAAGCCGAUUCUUAACGGGCUUUGCUCAAACAACGUAUUCGAUUACACUGGUUCUGCUGCUCGAGAUGACUUCAGCAAACCGACGAGUACUUGCAAGUAACAUUCUUUCCUAUUUCUAUACGUCAGGUGAAUUGUUAAUCAUGUUGAUCUACUAUUUCACUCGCGAUUGGUCGAUAACGAUGUGGAUUUUAACAAUCUAUGUCAUGCCAUUCUUAUGCUAUUAUUGGUGUGUACCGGAAUCAGCACGUUGGCUUGUAUCUACUGGUAAAUUAUUGCAAGCUCGCAAAGUCCUUCAACGAAUUGCGUAUUUCAAUCGACGAACAUUGGAAAACUCUGAAAAGAAGCUGUACGAUGAUUUACAACGCGAAGCUCGUAAUCGUCCCAAACGAUACUCUUACACCUAUGUUUUAAUAAGUCUAAUCAAAUCACCUGCUAUGCGACAGCGCUGUUUGAUUAUUUUCUACAUAAUGAUGACAAACCUUAUGCUUUAUCUUGGUAUCGGCAUGGGAAUUACAUCACUGACAAAUGAUCGUCCCUAUGAAAUCUUUCUUUUGUCGAUUUUUGCAGAAUUAUUUGGUUUAUGUCUCUGCCAUUUUUGCGCAACAAAGUAUGAUCGAAAAAUACCACUGAUACUCUUCUUUACUCUUUGUUCUCUGUCGAUAUUAACGAUACCAUUAACACAUAAGAAAUACUUGACUAUUAGCUUAUCUGCCGCCCUGUGUGCGAAAUUAUUUAUCUCGGCAGCACAAGCAUUGUCUUGGGUCUAUACAUCGGAAACAUUUCCAACUGUGAUUCGUUCAACUGGUGUAGGUUUAACUGUUAGCAUUGCACGAGUCGGUGGAGUAUGGGCACCGCAAAUCUCCUUAUUAGCUCAAUCGGUUUGGUUUCCGUUGCCUUAUAUUAUAUUUAGUGUGUGCUCAGCAAUCGCAGCAAUAUGUGCGAUAUUCUUACCGGAAACACGAAUGAAAAUCGCACUGCCCGAAACGGUACGACAAGCAGAAGAGGUCCAUCAACACGCAUCAACGUAUGAACAACAAUCGAGCGAGGUCGAAGAAGGAAAGUUCGUGAAAAAUAAAAAGUUAUCCGUUUGUCCUGAAGUUGAUGAAGAAGAAGAAGAAGAAUCAACAGCUUUGGAAGACAUCACCCAUGCUGAAGAUGUUCGACUCAGUGAACAAUUGAAUAAAUAA